UUGUUUUUUGGUAGUACUAAUUUCCCUUUCGGCACGUAAAACAUGACGUGAUUAGCAUUAAUUAGAAAAUAAAUAUAAGGUUUAGUUGGUACCAACCACCAAUGCAAAUGACAUGACUCUAUUGUUCAUAUAUUACUAUCAUAUUAUUUGUUAGUAAUAUUAUUAUUUUCAUUCAUCAAGACAAAGUCAAUUCUUCACAUAGCAUCAUCUCAUCUCUUAAUUUCAUUUCAUUAUCGUUUCAUUUUCUAGCGCAGCCAAUCGCUUCUUUCUAUUCUCUAAUUCUAUCAUCUCAAUUUUCAUCACCAAUAAACAGAACCUAUGGCCUUACCACUUUGACACCAUAUUUGGGUUGGCACCAUGGAAACUGGAAUAAUCCAGGGACCUUGGGGAUUUCGCUCUGUUUCCAAAUUCGUAUUAUGCACCAUUUCUGGGACCCUCACGCUCUUUUUUGCCAUUGCUGGGGCCCUGACAGGAGCUAUAGCCGGUGCUUUAGCAGCUAAAGCUACCAAGAGUGGUCUUCUCCGGGGAGUAUCAUUGGGUGCCAUUGCUGGGGCUAUACUCUCAGUGGAGGUGUUGGAAGCUUCCCGUGCCUACUGGUGUAUGGAGCAAACUGGCUUGCGGGGCCCGUCAUCUAUGGCAGAUUUCAUAGAGGAACUUGUUCGUGGGAGGCUUGUGGAGGAAUCACUUACACCUGCUAUUUUAACUGCUUACAAUUUGCAGUUUGAGCAGGUUGGCAUUGCAAAUGCAGGCUAUGAUGAGAUUCAUGAUGUUCAUGGCUUAGUGCCAUCCAGAGGAUUGUCUGGAGAUUCAUUGAAGAAGUUACCACACCAUAUGAUCUUGAAGGACAUGAAGACAGAGAAUACUUGCUGUACAAUAUGUUUGCAGGAUAUUGAAGUAGGCGAAAUUGCAAGAAGCUUACCUCGCUGCCACCAUACAUUUCACUUGAUAUGUGUGGAUAAAUGGCUUGUCAAGAAUGAUUCGUGCCCUGUGUGCAGACAGAAUGUGUGACUUUGAUCCUUGGGCAUUUUGAGAUUAUCUUUAUGUGCAGAUGUAUAUGUUGUAUAAUUUGUAGAGCUGACAAUGGCAUUUUGUACUAUUCUGUUCUGUGAUGUGAUUAAAUAAAUCUAUUUGGUACAAAAGCGAGUGGUCAUAACGAAUCAGGUUUUGAGAGAGAAAACGGUAAAGUUUGGAAAAUAAUUGAAUAACUCACUUCAUUUCUUU